AUGAAUGGAUCUCCAAGAUUAUGGUCACGACUAAGUCGCAAUAACGCAGCUUCAGGCUGGUUAUGUUCAUCAUGUGCCACUUCCAAAUCAACAGGCCAGAAACGGGCGACUCCCUUCUUCCAAAGCUCUAUGAGGGCGAUUUCCAACAGCUCGAAACCGAGGCAGAAUGCUGCCCCAACGAUGGAGCAACUGAGAGCACCAUUCAAAACAAAGAAUGCUUCGACUCUAUACUAUACUCUGAGUAUAAUUCUCGGGACCGUAGCGUUUUCCUAUGGCUCCGUUCCUAUGUAUAAAAUGAUUUGCCAAACCACAGGUUGGGGAGGUCAACCCAUUAAGGCACCCGGGCAUGGCGGAGUAGAUGGAGGCGACCCGGCUGAACGAUUAAAACCUGUCACGAACGCGAAACGAAUUCGGAUUACAUUUAACGGCUCCGUAUCCGAUGUGUUACCAUGGAAGUUUACACCACAACAACGAGAAGUGCGAGUUUUACCGGGCGAAACGGCUUUGGCGUUUUAUACUGCUACGAAUAAUUCUCCGGAGGAUAUCAUUGGAGUUGCUACGUAUAGCGUGACGCCUGCGCAGGUAUCACCGUAUUUCGCAAAGAUUCAGUGUUUUUGUUUUGAGGAACAGAGGCUGAAUGCUGGGGAGACGGUGGAUAUGCCGGUUUUCUUCUAUAUUGAUCCGGAUUUUGUGAAUGAUCCGAGUAUGAAGGGCAUUGAGCAGGUCACGUUGAGUUAUACUUUUUUUAAAGCAAGAUAUGAUAAAAAUGGCCAUCUAACUCCGAUGCCUGUAUGA